AUGGACUUCCUCAAGGCGGCAAUUAGCUCCGAAGUGAAGAAGCGCAAGUCACUAUACGACAAGGCGGCGGCAGCCCAAGGCGACACCGUUGGCGCCGAACCCGCCGGCGUCAAGCGCAAAAAGUAUGUGCGCGCAGGCGAUCUAUCCAAGGCCGCAGCAGCAGCAGCAGCAGAGGCCAAGGACAAAGCGCCCACAGCCAAGCCCAGCCCUGCUACCGCCAGCAGCCAGCAACAGGCGGUAUCCACGGCCGAGCCCACAGCGCACCCAAGCAGCAUCAGCAAAGAUGACAGCUCGGCAGCGGACAGCAGCAUGAUCCGGGCAGAAGAAGUGAUCAAGCGGCUGCGGGCGCGCAGCGAGCCCAUCCGGCUAUUCGGCGAAAGCGACGGGGCCCGGCGGCGGCGACUGCGGCAGCUGGAGCUUUCCGAGGAGAAAAGCGACGGGCAGCGAAACGAGUUCCGCCGGGCUUUGGCGCAAGUCGAAGCCGGCGCCAUGCUUGACGAUCUCCGUGCUCACACGAAGAUGCACCCAGAGCCAUCCGAUAGGCAGCUCAAGUACGAGCAAUUGAUGCUCCACGAUGUCUCAGAUAUUUCGCCAGAACUAUUGCGCUCCGACGCCGACCGCUUGCACUCGCUUCUGUACAUGUACUUCAAGCGCUUGGUUUACGAGUGGGACGCGUAUUUGGGCGACCGUCCGGAGGAUGAGCGCCGGUCGGCUGAGGGCAAAAUGGCUGCUGCCACACAGCGCCAAGCUGCAGAGUACUUAAAGCCGCUGUUUCGUGACUUGCGCGUGCGUCGUGUGCCCCUGGAUGUUUUGGCGAGGAUUGCGGAGAUUGCUCGGUGUAUGCUGGAUCGCGAGUACAUGCGUGCUAAUGAUGCAUAUUUGCAGCUGUCGAUUGGAAAUGCGCCAUGGCCGUUGGGCGUUACGCAGGUUGGAAUUCAUGCGCGCGCUGCGAGAGAAAAUAUCAAUGCAAACAAGGUCGCACAUGUGCUGAACGAUGAGACUCAGAGGAAGUGGAUCCAGUCGGUGAAGCGUCUGAUGCGCUUUGCUCAGACAAAGUACCCGCCGGAGGAUUUGGCCAAGAUGGUAGGCUAG